AUGUUUUUGGGAUUGGUGUCGUGGGCUUUGAUCCCCUCGAAAUGUGGGCUGCUGUCAAGAAAAGCGUGGCUCGGGGCCGACCGCCCUGUAGAUUUCGUCGGGCUCCUUUCCGCUGUGUGGCAGUUGUGGCCACGAGUGCUCUCCAAGUUUACAGGCAAACCUCAAGCUGGGCUGAGGCCUGUCAACAGUGCAAGGGCUGCCAGGGGCGAAGACGUUGCCGAGAACUGUUGGGACAGCGUUGCUGCCAUAGGACCCGUCAACCAUGUGGGGGCUGGCUCUGUGGAUGCCUCGCAUGGUUGCGACCCUGGGACGGUUGAAGAAGCAGCUCCUCCUGACAUGCUCAACGUUGAUGCAGACACCUGGGCACAGCUGAACCAGAAGAACCGAUCUGCAGCUUUGUCCUUUGCUUCCUCCGCACAUGUCGCCGAGAGAUUGGUGAUUCUGCGACAAGUCAUGGAGGCGGGCUUGCAGUUGUUGUACCACCAGCUCCAUGUUGCUGGACCACAAUGGGAAGCUGAGCAGAAAAGAAAGCAGGCUGAGACAGGGCAGCGCACCUACAAGGUGGUUGACGCCGCCACCGGGGAGUACUUGAAGGGCUUCUUUCAACAAGCGUCUGAGAUGUUGCUGCGUGCCCCCAGAGCACUAGCAAAGUCUUCCUACACCCGGCGAGCUCGCGCCACGAUGUUUCGACUGCUGGCCAGUUUGAUGGCUUGUGUGUGCUACUUCUUGCACAUGUGUUUUGAUGGAUUCCCGUACUGUCUCUUUAAGCUCCUGGUCGACCCGACGCAAGCAGAUGAGAUUCUGAAUCAGCGGCCUGCAUGUAUGAGGGAUUCCCUCGCUGCAACUUUUCUGCAGAAGCACGGAGAGAAUCUGGCAUCCUCGGAAGCUUUGGCAUGUCUACAUAGCUUGGCGAUAUUGAUCGACCUCGACAUCAGUGGCCUCGAGUCUGCCCACUCUUCAUUACGCGAAUAUACUAUGAGCAGAGGCCGUGGCCAUACCCCGGACUUUGCGCAAGUGAGUGCGAAACGCCUCUGCGCGUGGACUGGGCGCCGGUACGGCCACGGAAAGCAGCAAGCCGCCUCUGGAGGCAAGAGCUCUUAUCAGAAGUCGAAACAAUGCAAGCAGAAAAAACAUUCGAGACCUGGCGGCGCUUGGCGGGCAUUUUGCUCCGAGAAAGCAAGAGGACAGAAAUUUACGCGCCGGCUGAUCCGGCAGCUCGCAGCAGAAUAUCGUGAUCUGGCACAAGACGAAUACGAGGUUUACUGCGAGCGGGGGGCGGCUGCGACAGCAGCGGCUAGGGCCGGCAACAAGCGGCCAUUCAGCCUCAUGGACAGCCCAGUGCCGCUUGCUCUCAGGCCUGCCGAAGUUCUGGAAAGGCACACAGACCUGGUCGUCGCGCUGCCCGGAAGUGACUUUGGCGCUCAGUUUGAAGCGCUGCGGGCCCGACUUCGUGCUGGGCACAAAGCUGAGAAGUCCCGGGCGGCAGUUCCCCCUGCCGACGUUCCGCUCGACACUGUCUUGCAGCAGGCCCUUGACCAAGGUGGAGCACCUGGCCUUCAGCAGGGUGUCCGCACCCGCCCACACGCGGCAGCCGUGCCCAAGUUGCAGCAUCACUGCUUCGUUCCACCCGCUGUCCGCUUUGCCAAGGCCCGCCGCGACAACGUCCUUGAUCUGCUUGAAUCUACAGAAUAUUCUGCCCUAGCCAUUCUAGCCAGAGUCAAAUCAGCGGACGAUGCGCUGGCGUUCAGCAAGAGCCGACGCUCCCAGAUGGAGGACAACCAGACUUCCAUGGGUGAGUGGCUGCAGAACCAAUGGACUCUGGAACACAGGAGCCUUCGACACGAAGACCAACCAAAGAUACCUGGAGCAAAGAAGCAUGCGUCCGGCAUGGGGCCAUGUGGUCUGGCUGGGACGUGCUCGUGUUCCCGACCUGGGGACCAGAAGUUCUGCAAAAAGCUGACUCAGUUGCUUCGAAAGACAUUGUGGAAACGCCGCGGAGUUGCUUGUCCUGCUCGCUUGGACUAUGAGGCAGGCCGCUUGGUGGUCUCUCUGAAGACUGGUGACGGGGAGCAAGAAGUCUUUUUCUUCCCCGGCUACACGAACUACACGACGUGGACUUUUGCAGCAGUCCUGCUUCAGCCUUGUGAGCGCCAGCACGAAGAUGGCGUCAUGAAGCUUGUUUUCGGCGAGGAGGACACACACUUUGUGGAGAGUCCAUGGACGGUGCUGGCAGGCUUGCUGACGAUGCAAGCUUUGGUGAAAAAGUUUGUGGACGUGUCCAAGCCGUGCGCCGUGCGGUUUUGGAGCAUUCUGGAAGAUGAACGGAGACUGCCCGUGUGGGAGAUGCAGCCUCGCUUCGUCGAUGUCUGCCUGCACACGGAUGACCUUGCCUUCUGGAAGGGUGAGGCUCGAGAUUCAGCGCCGGCGCAAGCAGACAGGUCCCACGGCAUCUUAGACGACAUGGGUGGGGACGCUGCAGAUGACGAGCCGGGCGAAGAUGGCGAUGAGGAAGACAACCUCUCGCUGCUCAGCGACGGGUCCCCAGCAGCAUCAACGAAUUCCCAGGAUGAAGCGGUUGAGGCUUUGCUCGGUGCUGCAAAUGCGUUUCGGGGCCCAGAUGCAGAUGUCAGAUCCGACGCGUCCCAGUCGGAGCAUGAGGUGCAUAUUCCUGAUGAGUUGCUCCCAGCAGCGGAGCCUGUGCCGGAUGCUGUUGCUGCCUUGCUGGCGUUUGCGGAGAACGCAGACAACGAUGCAGACGCAGAUGCUCCGGGCGCAGACGCCGCGAUUCCUGCGGCACCCGCCCCUGAGGCGGCUCCUGCGCCACCUGCUGAGAGGCCGAUCGCACCCGCCCCUGAGGCGGCUCCUGCGCCACCUGCUGAGAGGCCGAUCGCACGUGCGGGGCGUGCGCAGCGAGAGACACAGCUUCAGAUGCUCAUUCCGGAUCCCAUUGGCGGGGAGAUCAGGUACAAUCUCAAAGGGAUGUUCUUUACAGCAUUCUGUCCCCGACACGGGGAGUUUUGCCGGCGACAACGGCAAGCCACUGCUGGCAAAAGGGCGGGCAGCGGCAGACCUCUGGGGAAUUUGCUGUCCUGGCUUGCUGCAGCUGAGGAGUAUGACACGCAAGAGGCUCAUGUCGGCAGCAAGGUAGCAGGCCACGAGAAACGAAAGGAGGUCAGAGAAUGGUUCAUGCAAGUUCCAAACUCCAAUGUUCUGUUGGAGUAUGAAAGGGCUUCGGAAGCUGGGGAGGAUGCAGAGCUCUAUGUUGUCUUCCUGCGGAAGGACGUCUACAGCAGGAACGACGUGCUACGUUUCAAGCAGAUAUGCCAGGACAUUGGCCAGAAGCAGUGUGCAAAUGGGCCUCUCGAGAUCUUCGAUGUGCUGCUGCCGGAAUGUGGGGCCGACUACGCGGCCCACUUGGCCAAGCUGUCCUCGGAGACACGUGGCCAGGCGACGUUGAAGGCUUUGGAAGCACUCUAUAAUUCUGAUCUAAGACGUCUUAUCCCCGAAGGCAUCAAAGAUUGA